AUGGACACCUCACAAAACGCACUCGGAGUAAAUGCUACAGCAAGCAGAGCGGAAAACCCACACCCUGGAAUCUGCGGCCACAGCACCUCUAGUACUCCUAGAAAACAACAGCAGAUACACACCGAAGCUGGAUCUGAUUCUCGGACUCAGACUCAGACUCAGACUCAAGACGUCAUCCGUAGUGGUGACCGCACCGCCACAAAACUUAUCAGCGGCCGCGCCACACUCACGCCCACGCCACAACGCUAUGAUUUGCGCGAGCCAAGAGCAUCUCAAGGCUCGUUUUCAACACCAUCGCGUCGUCGUCGCACAGCUUCUCAGCAGCACCUCCAGCGCCUCUCGACACCCACCAAGACGAGCGGCAGCGGCGCAGCGGCAAUUCGCACGGGCUCUCCGCUCAGCUACAGCAUCGGCCACUAG